CCAGCCGGAGUCACGUCGUCUAACCUGUUCCCGGCGCCUGCCCCGCCCCGUCCUGCGCUCCCCGCAGCAGGAGCCGGAGCCGGAGGAAGUCCCCCGGUACCAGGAUCUCCCCGGGAUCCGCGCCCCGCUUCCGCCGGCACCAUGGACAGCGAGGCAUUCCAGAGCACGAGGGACCUUCUGGACCUGAACUUCCAGUCUCUGGCCAUGAAGCACAUGGACCUGAAGCAGAUGGAGCUGGACACAGCGGCGGCCAAGGUGGACGAACUGACCAAACAGCUGGAGUCGCUGUGGUCAGACUCGCCCACGCCUCCCGGCUCACAGGCUGGAGCCCCACCUAGGUUGUCCCGGUACAGCUCCAGCCCGGUCCCCGAGCCCUUCAGCAGUCGCGGGUCUCCCCGGAAGGUGGCCACCGACGGUGCAGACACCUCGUUCGGACGCUCCGAGAGCGCCCCGGCUUUGCACCCCUACAGCCCGCUGUCCCCUAAAGGCCGGCCCUUGUCACCGCGCACCCCGCUCUACCUGCAGCCGGAUUCCUACGGCAGCCUGGACCGCGCGCCCUCGCCUCGGCCCCGCCCCUUCGAUGGCACAGGCAGUUCCCUCGGCCGUGCGCCCUCCCCGCGGCCCGGAUCGGGCCCGCUCCGCCAGCAGGGUCCCCCCACGCCCUUCGACUUCCUGGGCCGCGCUGGUUCCCCGCGGGGCAGCCCCCUGGCCGAGGGGCCCCAGGCCUUCUUCCCCGAGCGCGGGCCCUCGCCACGCCCCCAGACUUCAGCCUACGAUGCGCCAGUGGCCUUUGGGAGCCCCCUCCUGGGCGCGGGCGGUAGCGCUUUCGCCCCACCUCUGCGCGCUCAAGACGACUUAACGCUGCGCCGGCGGCCCCCCAAAGCCUGGAAUGAGUCUGACCUGGACGUGGCAUACGAGAAGAAACCUUCACAGACAGCGAGCUACGAACGCCUGGACGUCUUCUCGAGGCCUGCUUCGCCAGGCCUGCAGCUGUUACCCUGGAGAGAGAGCAGCCUGGACGGGCUGGGGGCCACCAGCAAGGACAACCUCACCAGCGCCACUCUGCCCCGCAAUUACAAGGUCUCGCCUCUGGCCAACGACAGGCGAUCUGAUGUGGGCAGCUACCGCAGAUCGCUGGGCUCCGCGGGGCCAUCAGGCACUUUGCCCCGCAGCUGGCAGCCUGUCAGCCGCAUCCCCAUGCCCCCUUCCAGCCCCCAGCCCCGCGGUGCCCCGCGCCAGCGCCCCAUCCCCCUCAGCAUGAUAUUCAAGCUGCAGAAUGCCUUCUGGGAGCAUGGGGCCAGCAGGGCCAUGCUCCCUGGCUCCCCCAUCUUCUCCCGAGCACCACCACCUAAGCUGCCUCCCCAGCCCCAGGCACCUCCUCAGCCCCAACCCCAACCACAGCCCCAGCCUCAACCCCCUGCCCCCCAACCUCCCCAACAGACUUGGCCCUCUGUGAGCGAAGGCCCGCCCAAGCCUCCCCCUGAGCUGGAGCCCGAGCCGGAGCUCGAGGGGCUGCUGCCGCCAGUGCUGGAGGCUGGUGACGCAGAUGAAGGCGCCGUAACCCGGCCCCUGAGCCCCACGAGGCUGCAGCCGGCACUGCCCCCCGAGGCUCAGUCAGUGCCUGAGCUGGAGGAGGUGGCACGAGUGCUGGCGGAGAUACCGCGGCCCCUCAAACGGAGGGGCUCCAUGGAGCAGAGCCCGGCGGUAGCCCUGCCCCCCACCCACAAGAAGCAGUACCAGCAGAUCAUCAGCCGCCUCUUCCAUCGUCACGGCGGGCCUGGGGGGCCUGAGCCCGAACUGUCGCCCAUCAGUGAGGGAUCCGAAGCGAGGGCAGGGCCCCCUGCUCCUGCCCCACCGGCUCUCAUCCCACCCCUGGCCCUGCCCCAGAUCAGCCCACCAGAGCAGCUGCAGAGCAUGGUCUCAGGGGCCAAGAUCCUAUACUCACCAGAUUCCCUGACUGUCGAGAUGCGCUCGGUGCUGCGGAAGGCAGGCUCCCCGCGCAAGGUCCGCCGCGCGCGCCUCAACCCGCUCGUGCUCCUGCUGGACGCCGCACUGACCGGGGAGCUGGACGUGGUGCAGCAGGCGGUGAAGGAGAUGAACGACCCGAGCCAGCCCAACGAGGAGGGCAUCACCGCCCUGCACAACGCCAUCUGCGGCGCCAAUUACCCCAUCGUGGACUUCCUCAUCGCGGCCGGCGCCAACGUCAACUCCCCCGACAGCCACGGCUGGACACCGUUGCACUGCGCGGCGUCGUGCAACGACACGGCCAUCUGCACGGCGUUGGUGCAGCAUGGCGCAGCAAUCUUCGCCACCACGCUCAGCGACGGAGCCACCGCCAUCGAGAAGUGCGACCCCUACCGCGAGGGUUACGCUGACUGCGCCACUUACCUGGCAGACGUGGAGCAGAGCAUGGGGCUGAUGCACAACGGGGUGGUGUACGCCCUCUGGGACUACAGCGCGGAGUUUGGGGACGAGCUGUCCUUCCGCGAGGGCGAGUCAGUCACCGUGCUGCGGAGGGAUGGACCUGAGGAGACGGACUGGUGGUGGGCCUCUCUACAUGGCCAGGAGGGCUAUGUACCCCGUAACUACUUCGGGCUCUUUCCCAGGGUGAAGACUCAGAGGAAUAAGGUCUAGCUGCACAGGAGGACGUUGCCAAGGGAGGCAGGAGGGAGCAGCCUUGCCUUUGCCCCAGACCUUUCCCUCAGUAACUGCUGCAUCUCCUUGGGCCCCAAGCCUACAGGGUUGGGGUCCUCACCUCCAGCUCUCUGCUUCCCUGGAAGCCCAAGGGAGAAGGAGAAGCUCAGCCUUGCAUUUAGAAACUGCCUUAGCCAUGGAGAUCACCUUGAAGCUGGGAAUCAUUGGAGGCAAGAGACUCCCCCCAUCUUCCUCCAUUUCCCAAAUCAGAUCCUGUCCAAAGUGCCUCCUACCCCUACAAAACAAGCCAACACACCAUCCUAGGGGAGCCUGGGAUGUGUCACCUCCACUGGAUUUCCCUGGGAGUCACCUCUGCCCCCAUCUCUCCAGGGCUGGGUGAGACACACUGGUCUCCCAGCUCUCCCCAGUCAAGUGCCUUCACCCAGUGCUGGUUUUAUAACCAAAUGGGGACAUUUUCCCUUAUAAAUAAAGGUAGUUU